ACCCAAGAAAACUAAGAUUCAUUUCCAUUUUAGUUUUGAGUUGCUGUUAUUACACAAGCGUCGGCCGUUGCAAUCUCCCGGGCUUAUUACUUCUUCAACAAACAAAACCCCAAGGCCACUGAAAAAAUGGUCGCCAAAACGACGCUCUGCUUUGCUUCAGCCGCUAAUGGAGCUGCCUUAUCCUCUUCCUCCUCAAAAUCUACUCCAAAAGGUAAACUCUCAUCUCUCUUCACUCACCCGAAAAAUCCCAUAUUUUCUAACAAUCCCAAAUCUUCAAACCCCAACAAAAAAACUGUUGAAAGCCAAGACCCACUUAACAAAUUUGUCAAAACAAGCUGUAAGUCAGGCACCAUUACACUCAAUGAAGCAUUGAAUUUGUUUGAUGCAAUGACCCAAAUGAAACCUUUUCCUCCAAUGUCAUCAUUUAAUCUGUUGUUAGGUGCCCUUGUUAAGAUUAAGCACCAUAAUCGCGUGGUUGUGCUUUACAACAAAUUGGGAUCAAUUGGGAUUUCACCUGAUUUUAUUACCUUGAAUAUUUUGCUUAAUUGUUUAUGUCAUAUGAGUCGAGUUACUGAUGGUUUCGCCGUUUUAGGGAGAGUUUUUAGGGGGGGUUAUAGACCAAAUACUGUAACUUUUACAUCUUUGGUUAAAGGGUUAUGUAUGGAGAAUAAGAUUUGUGAAGCAACUAGACUGUUUAGGAAAAUGGUUGUAUUUGGUUGUCAGCCCAGUAUUGUUAGUUAUGGGACUUUGAUUAAUGGUCUGUGUAGAAUGGGGAAUACGAGUGUUGCACUUAGGUUAUAUGAGGAAAUGGUUAGAGGAAAUGGGGUAUUGGAGCCUAAUGUUGUUAUUUAUGGUAGUAUUAUUGAUUGCCUAUGUAAGGAGGGUAUGUUAGAAAAGGCAAGAGAAAUUUUUUUGGAAAUGAAGGGUAAGGGAAUUCAUCCGGAUGUGGUUGUUUAUAGCUCUCUACUUCAUGGUUUUUCUUGCAUGGGUAAUUUGGAGGAGGCUAAAGGUCUGUUUAUUGAGAUGGUGGAUCAAGGAGUGCAGCCUAAUGUGGUCACUUUCAAUGUUUUAAUAGAUGCUCUCUGCAAGGUGGAGAAAUUGGAAGAAGCAAAUGCAUUAUUGGAUUUGAUGAUUCAGAGAGGAGUAGAUCCUGAUAUAUUCACAUAUAACACAUUGAUGGAUGGGUACUGCUUGGCUGGUAAGCUUGAUGUGGCUAGGGAUUUGUUUGUUUCCAUGCAGAGUAAGGAGAAUGGACAAAAUGCUAUUAGCUACAAUAUAAUGAUCAAUGGUUAUUGCAAAUACUGGAAGGUUGAAGAAGCUAUGAGUCUUUAUAUGGAAAUGAUAUGCAAGAGGAUUAGGCCAACAGUUAUCACUUAUAACACCUUAUUGACUGGUUUUUUCCAGGCAGGCAAGGUUGAAGAAGCACGAGAACUGUUUGGUAAGCUGCAGGUCGAUAACAUCACACUCAAUUCUUGCACCUACAAUACCUUCGUGGAUGGACUUUGCAAAAAUGGUUAUGUCUCAGAGGCACUGGAACUGUUUCAUAAGUUAGAAAAUUGCGAGUUCGAAUUUAGCAUUGAAAUGUUUAACUCCCUUAUUGAUGGGCUGUGUAAAACAGGGAAGCUUAAAACUGCUUGGGAGCUAUUUUAUGGAUUGCCUAACAAAGGCCUGGCACCAACUGUUGUGACUUAUUCUAUCAUGAUCCAUGGGCUUUGUAAGGAAGGGCAAUUGGAAAAAGCAAAUGAUUUGUUAAUUGAAAUGGAGGAAAAAGAUUGUUCUCCAAAUGUAGUCACGUUUAAUACACUCAUGCAUGGUUUCUCCCAGAAUAAUGAGACCCAAAAAAUGGUGGAACUUCUUCAGAAAAUGGUGGAGAAAAAUUUGUCACCUGAUGCAUCAACCAUCUCUGCAGUUGUAGAUUUACUCUCGAAGGAUGAAGCCUAUCAUGAAACUCUGAAAUUGCUACCAACAUUUCCUGUCCAGGAGCCUAAAUGAUGGCAAACUGAAAAUAGCAUUGUGUGCUUGAGUGCCGGUCAAAAUCCUUAAAUGGACAGAACUUCCCCAGAAGCUUAACAUAAGUGGAGGUUUCAAAAUGUGAUGGCUUGCCCCUUGUGUCCUAGCCUGUGCAAAACCAGCUCUGCUGGAGGUAAUCAGGUUAGCUUCUUCAAAGGAGGAAAAGCAGGGAUUUGGAUUGCAAAAUUUGUGGCUAUGGUGCAUUAUGAGGAUCCAUCUUCUAUUUCUUUGUAGACAGAUAUGAGUGAGGUCAGUUUGCUUUGGCAGACAUAUUAAACCUGUGGGUCUCUUGGCCAAAAAGAAAGCUGUGGGUCUAUAGUUACAAUCAGGUUCAGUAAGCUGAAAUGCCACUGCUCAUUGGAAUGAAAAUUGUUGUCUAACAGGAGCAGACUUAAGAUGUGCUCCCAAUCACUACCAUGUCCUGUACUUAUUUUCCUUGUGAAUGAAAAUUAUGAUUUACACACAUUAUUGCAUCACUUUUCAUUUGAGUCAAAAGGUACGGACAUCGUCACAUUCUAACAUCAGUGCUUCAGUGUUAAUCUUCCAUUUGGUUUAUGCUUUCAAAUCCAGGCUGUUUAGUCUUCGGCCAAAUAUACUGGGCUAUUGAUUGCUUGGAUUUUUCUAGAUGUAUUUUAGCUGAAAAGUUCAUAUGGAAAUAGAUAUAAGUCAAAGUUGGAAAUAUACGAGAGAAAUUACGUCACUUGGUUUUUAUUUUCUGUGUUGCAAUAUGUAAACUAUGUUCUUCUCAAAGUGGGAAUAAUGUGAUUGUUUGUGGCCAAACAUUCAAAAUGAUAGAAGCUUAGAUUAGUUCUAGAAGUGGGAUCAGAUUACUUGCUUACAGUUUAUUUUGA